AAUGAUUUUUACGCGAUUUCUUUAAUUAUUUUUAGUAUUUCACAAACUAGUUCGUGUCCGAUUGAAAAGGGGGUAAUAUAUACUAAGUGGGGUACAGUAUCGCCAGGGAUUAUAAUCGCUGGAGUCGCUGCAGCGCUUGAAACAUCCAAUUUACCCUUUCAACAAAUUAUGAGUACGAUGCAAAUUCAUCAGAACAAAACCGAGUCCGAAAUUGAUUACAGUAGCACAGUUUUAAGCAGAAAUAUAAGUAAUAUUUGGACUUCAACUGUAGCUGGUGAUUUGGGAGAAGUUGUCAUAUUGCAAGCUGUAAAUCCCCCCAUAAUCGGAACACCGGGAACUUGGAAUAACACUAUGCUACCAAGAAUAUUCUAUUUGGACGACAUUAACUAUGAUUUUACCAGAUCCGAACUUCUAGGAGGCAUAGAUGGUUUAAUAUUGGCUAGCAAGGUAGCGUCGUGGACGUCCAUUCUUUCCAGAACCCGAUUAUCUCAAAUAUUAGACAUGUAUUAUUCUCCCAGGGGAGUAUCAUACAAUGUUUCAUACAAAGCUUGCAAAAGAAGAGGAUUGGCAAAGGAACAAUUCGAUGACAGUAAUUUUUUAAAGGGUCAAGUCAGUGCUAUUGCCAAACUGCUUCAGGAAAUAGGGUUAUCCAAUCAACUUUUAUUUGAAAAUACAAUAGACAAUUUUACAUCUGUAGUUGUGGACACUUUCUUAAACAAUUACGAAAAAGCGUUUGAAGGGUACGAUAAAUGUGAUACAGAAAGACAACUUUGGUCGUCACUUGAUGUGAUAACUAUUUUUGACGAAACGUGGUCAGAAUAUGAACUUCUAAAAAUUAUAGGUCUUUUAGUUCAAGAACUGGACGUUUCGUACUAUGGAACCCACUUGGGGGUGAUUUAUGGUCAAAGCGGUACCUGGAUGGCUAACGUAUCCGAAAGUGUUUUGGAAUUAUUUUCACAGCUUAACAAUUUCGCAUUAACGAGAAGCAGUUCCCUUUCGUUGCACCGUAGCUUCGAAAGUGUUGUUGAAUAUUUUCAAAAUCGAAAUUAUAGCGACUGUAAUAAUAAUACUGGGAGAAAACCAAGGGGUUUUGUUAUUGUGGUGUUUGCGAAGAGUUCACUGUUAACAGACGAAGACUUGAGAUGGUCACAAUUGUCCUUGAAUACGAUAAAAGCUAGUCAUCCGGAGGUCAAGUUGGUGUACGUUACUUCGGAUCAUAACUCGGCCUCAUUCGAAACACUGGCGAAUUCGUAUUCAGGUGACAUCGUUUUAAAAACAACUGUUAACGAUAUAGAAUCCGUGGUAACAGAAGUUUCGAAGAAACUGGCAAACGUGCCUGGACAUAUUAUAGACAUUUAUUGUAGCAAAUGGCACAUUGCAAUGGAGGAUUACAUCACUCCUUACAAGAAUACUGUUUACGAAAUAAGCCACGAGUUUAUAAAAAGAGCCAACUUUUUUGUCAAGUUUAAGGGACACAAUUAUGGAGAUUUUACAGUUUGUGCACAGGAUUCAAAUAACGGCGAUAAAACCUGCAAAAGGGUUGUUGACAACAAUGUAGUUAAUUUCACAGCUAACGAUUAUUGUCAUUCCUACAACUGUAACGUUCAGUUUUCAAUAUCUGAAAUCCAGACAAGGGUCAAAUGUACAGAGUUAGACUGCAGAUACCCAGAUCAAAUUCGUAUUAACAUAUUUACCUAUUGGACAUCUAGUUCCGGGUCAUUGACAGGUUCAGUUACACCUUUUUAUUGCAUUAGUUUUUUACUUGCAGCGAAAUGUUUUUUUUAUUGCUGAAAUUUUUUUAAAAAUAAAUUACAUAAGAAAUAAGGUGAUUAGUCCCCUCGGAACAGUCACUGCGCGUAUACCUAUUAUAUGACAGAGGUGUAUGCAGUGAAAAUUAGGUUCAUAAAAAAUUGUAUUUAAGUCGUUAACAAGAAACUUGUCCACCUUGACAAUAUUCUACAAUAUUUCUGUUAAUUUUUAUUUUUAUGUUUUCACCUGUGGCGAUAGUCUAAUAUCGGACUUUUAACGCUUGCUAUUGUACUUACUACUGUGUUAAUUUAAUAUAUUUAUUGUUACUGCUUUUUGUACGACUUAUGUAAAAAAAUAAUACGUAUCCCAAAUUC